ACCAACUCAGCAUGGCCUAUCGAGGAGGAAGUGAGCAAGGCCAGCCCCCUUCAGUGAGGCCUUCCCAGUUUAGCCCUCCAAAUCUUUCCACCGAUAGCACCCGUGCACAUAAAAUAUGCAUGGUGUCUGACUUUUUCUACCCAAACACAGGAGGUGUGGAAAGUCACAUUUACCAGCUUUCUCAGUGCCUCAUCGAGAGGGGGCACAAGGUCAUAGUUGUCACCCAUGCUUAUGGAAAUCGAAAGGGCAUCCGUUAUCUCACCAAUGGCCUCAAAGUUUAUUAUUUGCCUCUCAGAGUCAUGUACAACCAAUCUACAGCCACAACUCUCUUUCACAGUCUGCCAUUGCUCAGGUACAUAUUUGUUCGGGAGAGAGUUACCAUAAUUCAUUCCCACAGUUCUUUUUCUGCCAUGGCCCAUGAUGCUCUCUUCCAUGCCAAGACAAUGGGGCUUCAGACAGUCUUCACCGACCAUUCCCUUUUUGGAUUUGCUGAUGUCAGCUCUGUGCUCACAAACAAGCUUCUAACUGUGUCUCUCUGUGACACAAACCACAUAAUUUGUGUCUCUCAUACAAGUAAGGAAAACACUGUACUACGAGCAGCACUGAAUCCUGAAAGAGUGUCAGUCAUUCCUAAUGCUGUAGACCCUACUGACUUCACCCCUGGACCAUUGAGGAGGCAUGACAGUGCAAUAACUAUUGUUGUAGUGAGCAGACUUGUUUACAGAAAAGGGAUUGAUCUGCUCAGUGGUAUAAUACCUGAACUCUGUCAGAAAUAUCCCGAGUUAAACUUCCUAAUUGGUGGAGAGGGACCAAAGAGUAUUGUUUUGGAAGAAGUACGGGAAAGAUACCAACUACAUGACAGGGUGCAUCUUUUGGGAGCUUUAGAACACAAGGAUGUCAGAAAUGUCUUAAUUCAAGGACGUAUUUUUCUUAAUACCUCCCUGACCGAAGCCUUCUGCAUGGCAAUCCUGGAAGCUGCCAGCUGUGGUCUGCAGGUCGUCAGCACCAAGGUUGGUGGGAUUCCUGAAGUCCUUCCAGACAAUCUUAUUAUUUUAUGUGAACCUUCGGUAAAAUCUUUGUGUGAAGGGCUGGAAAAAGCUAUUUUCCAAGUGAAGUCAGGGAUGUUACCAGAUGCAGAAAAGAUCCACAGCGUAGUAAAGGCUUUCUACACCUGGCGGAAUGUGGCAGAGAGAACUGAGAAGGUGUAUGAGAGGGUGGCGAAGGAAAUGGUGUUGCCAAUGCAUGAGAGGCUGACUAGGCUCACCUCUCACUGCGGCCCACUUACAGGCUAUAGUUUUGCUUUGCUGGCUGUGUUCAGCUACCUCUUCCUCGUGUUCCUGAGAUGGAUGACUCCUGAUUCUGUCAUUGAUGUGGCAAUAGAUGCCACUGGGCCACAGAAAGUGUGGACUCAUGAUAUAAAAGGGGAUGUGAUUGAAGAGGUAUCCACGAGCAGGUAGAAGCAAGCCUCAACUGUAAACUUUAGACAGCUCUAUUAACAGUUGAAAAGAAUCUUGUUCUUUUGCUUCUGGACUUUUAAGUUAACUUCAUAGAUCACGCAUGCCUCC